UAUUGAAGCUGAACAGUGUCUCAGUUGGCUGCUUCAAAUGGGAUUCUGCUAAGCGCCAACGAGUCAAUUCAAUUUUGGAUACAGAAAAUCUUUAAAUUGUGAACAUGUCUUACAGUGAAAGCCAACCUUCUGUGACUCUAAGAGGUUCAACUGAAGUAGUAUCUGACUUUUUCGUGUACAGUGUAAACAGUAUACUUUACCAGCGUGGUAUAUAUCCUGCAGAGCAAUUUUCAAGAGUCAACAAGUAUGGACUCACGAUUCUUGUGACUAACGACAAUGAACUUAACAAGUAUCUGCACUCAGUUUUGGGACAACUAAAAGAGUGGACUUUACAAUCCAAAGUACAGAAGUUGGUCUUAGUUAUAUGUAGCGUCGAAACCGGAAGGGUUUUGGAACGUUGGCAGUUCAACAUAGAGAUAACAAACAAUAAAGAUAAUUAUAAUAGUAACGUUGAUAGCGAUGAGCAGCAAAUUGUUUCUCAGAUCCAAGCAGUAAUUCGACAAAUUACUGCAAGCGUUACUUUUCUACCCCUAUUAGAUGAACCUUGCACCUUUGACAUGUUAAUUUACACAGAUGUUGAUGUACAAAUACCAGAAACUUGGGAAGAAUCGGAUCCAAAGAUCAUUAUCAAUCAGAAAGAAGUGAAGCUUCGUUCCUUUACAACUAAAGUACACAAGGUUGAAACAAUGGUGUCGUAUGCAACAGAUAUUCAUUAGAAAUGGCGAUGCCGCUUAACAAAUUCGAACUUUUUAGUUGUGACCAUUUUUUAUACUCUUUUCUUCUGUUAAAGCCGACAUAAUAAAUGUCAUGUAGUCAGCCUUACGGAUUGAUCUAGU